GUUGGUUCAGGCAAUUUGCUGACACGAAUGCUUUUGAAAACGCGCUCGACGGAGCCAUGAGGGUUAAAAGAAAAUGGAGGUUUUCUUCUUUGUAAUGUGUCUGAAGCGAGUUUCGUAGCCCAGGUACCGCUGAGGAUUGCGCAAUGCCAGACAUCUCACAACCAGCAGGUAGCGCUACCUCGCGCGCUCGCAGGAAAAAAAGUUUGAGUAUUUCUCCGUGAUUCGAGCAUGCGCAGUAAAAGCUGCCUGGCCAGUUUCUCUGGAUUACUUACCUGGAAGGUGCAUCAGUUUCGGUCAGUAGAGAAAGCGGUAAAAAUACCGCGAGCGGAAAAAUUACAAGAAAAAUACAAGCUGGUCUCAGCCACGAGGCGAAACGAAACCGCAGCCACAGUAACCGAGGUUUCAGGCGCUUAGUCUCUUUAUUGAAAUAAACAUUACGCAGUGGGGAGACACUGAAAACGUCUGAGCAGCUCCGAGGCAGGAGUGUGUGCAUGUGUGUGUGUGUUCGUUCUCCCCACGAUUGGCCGUCCUGCGUGACAAGUCCUCUACAGGUCUGCGUCGUAGCAGAUCUCUCCAGUGUCGCCAGACUUGUGUGAUCGUGAUCUCCAUAAUCAUCUGGCAAAACAGCUGGAGCUCGUUUUCUGUCGGAGCGCGUACACGGACCUCGCACGUCACUUUCCGCGGUUCGCCGCGUCGCUUUGCCCGCUUUCUCUUUCACUUGAAAGAUGAUGGGCUUUCUGCGCAGGACGUUCAGCCUCCGCUCGCGGAGACGCUUUCGGCCGUCCGAUGAGCUCGACGGUGGCGGUCGAGGCGUAAACCAGGCGCUUCAGGCGCUCCAGCAGCAGCAGCAGAUGCCCGCUCCCGCCGUGGUGACCGGAGGCACUGUGGUGCACAUCCCCGCCGCGGGCAACAGCAAAGCGGCCAUCACGUGCAGAGUUCUGCUGUUAGACGGCUCGGAUGUCAGCGUUGAGUUACCGAAAAAUGCAAGGGGGCAGGACCUGUUUGAUCAAAUCAUGUAUCAUUUGGAUCUUGUGGAGGCUGAUUAUUUUGGACUGCAGUUCAUGGACCCGGAGCAGGUUGCGCACUGGCUGGAUGCCGGCAAACCCAUAAAAAAGCAGAUUAGAUAUGGCCCACCAUACAGGCUGUUUUUCAGGGUGAAGUUCUACUCCUCAGAACCCAAUAACCUUCAUGAGGAGUUCACGAGGUACCUCUUUGUGCUGCAGCUCAGACAAGACAUUCUGUCUGGCAAAUUAAAGUGUCCAUAUGAUGUAUCUGUGGAUCUUGGGGCUUAUUGCCUACAGAGUGAGUUGGGAGAUUGCGACCCAUUGGAACACACUCCGCUGUUGGUGUCAGAGUUCCGUUUCUCACCUAACCAGACAGAGAUCAUGGAGGCGGACAUUUACCGCAAAUGGGCCGAUUGCAGGGGAAUGAGUCCAUCACAAGCAGAGCUGAGCUUUCUAAAUAAGUGUAAGUGGCUGGAGAUGUAUGGAGUCGACAUGCACUUUGUGAAGGGUCGUGAUGGAGGAGAAUAUGCUCUGGGUCUUACCCCAACAGGAAUUCUGGUGUUUGAAAGAUCCAACAAAAUUGGCCUCUUCUUUUGGCCCAAAAUCACACGUCUGGACUUCAAGAAGAACAGGCUGACGCUAAUGGUGGUGGAAGAUGAUGAACAGCGUCGUGAGCAGGAGCACACAUUCGUGUUUCAGCUCUCCAGCUCAGCAGUGUGUAAGCAGCUGUGGAAGUGUGCCGUCGAGAGCCAUGCGUUCUUCCGCCUCAGACAGCCAGCCCAGAACAAAGCAAGUCGCAAUGACUUCACACGCCUUGGCUCACGCUUCCGCUUCAGUGGAAGGACCGAGUAUCAAGCGACUCACUCAGGCAGGAUCAGGAGGGCAAGCACUUUCGAGAGACGACCGAGCAAAAGAUAUCCAUCCCGAACCCAAUCACUAGGCAAAGCCAUUACUCCAGCAAAACAUCACCAUCCAAGUGCCCAGCCUAGUCCUGAUCCCAGCUUAAAACCGUAUCAGCACAACAUUCCGAUUGGUCAGGAGCCUUGGUCCAGGACACACCCACCCAGUUUGACUCCACCCCUUUAUAUCCAGCCCAGUGAAAUGGGACACAAUCCACCUCACAGUUUCCCACUGAGCAGUGCAGAUACCCAAAGGUUCAGUAUGGAGGAGAAUGAGACUCUGCUUUCUGCAACACUCCACUACUGCUAUCGUUGGCAUGGAUAUGAGAAACAGGAAGUCCCAUGCCUCACUUUAACCAAGCCUAAGCCAUGGGAUGUUCCAGCAGGACACACAGAAAAUCUCGACCGAACUUUGCGGAGUCCGAAACAGUUACAGCCAGAUACAAUACCCUGGCCGACACUUCACAUCAACAUUGAUACAGCAGAAGAAAAACUACUGUCGGAGAAAAGUCUCCCUUCUUCUCCGGUUGGCAUACAGGAUCAGCGCAAGAGCAAUAUUCUCAGACACGUGAUGCACAGUGAGAGUGCAAAUUCAAAGGGGAAUUGUUCCAGUGGAGAGCAGAACAACAGGUGUGUAAUCCCCAGCUCCUCUCAGGAUUCAGCCUCCAGCAGCGUGACCACGGAAAGGCCGCGGGUGGAACGCCGCAAACGCCUUGUUAGGCAGUUCAGCUUUAACCACAGUGAUGAAGAUGACCUCCCAGACGCGCUCGCGGCCAUAUCUUCUCAGAGCAACAUGAGAAAAUCCACAUCUAACAGCUCACUGGACAAACAGGUCCAACCACCAAUCUACCCCCCGAAAAAAGUCUCACCAUUGGAGCACAGCAACAAAUCUCCAUUCUAUCCAGGCAAUGAAGACCCGAGAAUGGAUAGAGAAAAACUGCUGAGAGCAUUACUAAUGACAGAACUCUGAGUCCAUGCACACAUUCAUACAUACGCAUAAUCAGUUGCGCUGUAGUAAUUUUCUACAUUUACGUGAUAUUAAGUCUAUUUUUAAUUGUAAAGCUUAUCACUCGUACAGCGCACGUGCAAAUUCAUGCUUCUGAAAAUGUCCAGUAUUAUGUUAUUUGAAACCAUGUUUAUUUGCCGCACCCCCCCCCCAACUACUUUUAAAGGGUACUUUGUUUAGCCUUGAUGCUUGAUUCAUACCAUAUUUAGAGCGCCUUGUAUGUGAUUUAUUGUAAAUAACGCACUACACAUGCCUACUGUACAUACACUGUAAAAAAGUGAUCUUUCACACUGUCAUUUGUUUCAAUCUAAGUUUUCUAACAUUUUGAGGAAACGCUUUGCACAUACACUAUACAGUAUUUAAAUUUAUAUUCAUUGCUACAGUAUCUCACAAUAUAAUAAACACAGAAUUACUGAAUGAA